CCAAACAGACCUUUGCUGCCGUCACUUUCUCUCUCACGAGUUCAGUACCAAAGUUCAACGAGAACUUAAAUCUUCACCAACUCAGUAAUAAAGAGUGAAAAACUCAAAAGACAAAAAGAGGGGGAAAAUGGAGACAACCCCACCACCCGCCGAGCCCAGAAGGCGCGGGAGACCGAGGGGAUCGACCACGAAGCCGAAAUCCGACAAGGACAAAGAAUCCAGCGGAGGAGCGCCGUCGAGAACGAGAGGUCUCGGCGAGAAGAGGAACACCGCCGCCGACGAGAGUUACGCGCACUGGAAGCUGCUGGUGCCCGUGCUUUACGACUGGAUAGCUUCUCACAACCUGGUUUGGCCGUCUCUGUCUUGCCGUUGGGGCCCAGUUCUUGAAAAAGGAAACUUCAGGAACAAGCAGCGUCUUUACCUUUCUGAGCAGACUGACCAUACACACCCGAACACUUUGAUUAUAGCAAAUUGCAAGGUUGUGAAACCACGAGUUGCUGCAGAGAGCCACAUAGCUAAUUUCAAUGAAGAUGCGCGCUCACCAUUUGUCAAGAAGUACAAAACUAUCUUACAUCCAGGAGAGGUGAACAGAAUUAGAGAACUGCCUCAGAAUAAAAAUAUAGUGGCCACACACACCGACUGUCCUGAAGUUCUUAUAUGGGAUGUUGAGGCCCAACCUAAUCGACAUGCUGUGCUUGGAGCUGAAGAUUCUCGUCCUGAUCUGGUUUUAUCUGGACACCAAGAUAAUGCAGAAUACGCUCUUGCAAUGUGCCCAGCUGAACCCUAUGUGCUUUCAGGAGGGAAGGAUAAAUCUGUCGUUUUGUGGAGUAUUCAGGAUCAUGUGUCAACACUGGCUACAGAUGCAACCCAAACUGCAGAAUCCACUCGUUCUAUUGUUAAAGCUGCUGAUAACUCUUCUGUUGGUCCACGUGGGGUUUUUCAAGGCCAUAAUGAUACUGUUGAGGAUGUGCAAUUUUGCCCAUCAAGUUCACAGCAGUUUUGUAGCGUUGGAGAUGAUUCUUGUUUGAUUCUGUGGGAUGCACGGACAGGAAGCAAUCCCGUUAUCAAGGUUGAGAAGGCGCACAAUGCUGAUCUUCACUGCGUAGAUUGGAACCCUCAUGAUGAAAACUAUAUAUUAACUGGCUCGGCCGAUCAUACUGUGCACAUGUUUGAUCGUCGCAAUCUGACAACUGAUGGAGUUGGGUCGCCUGUCCAUAAAUUUCAAGGUCAUAAAGCUGCUGUUCUUUGUGUCCAGGUUGGUCAGAAGGAAGAAACCGGUUCCAACAAUCCUACUGCUCCAGCAGGGUUGUUUUUCCAGCAUGCUGGACACAGGGAUAAGGUUGUGGACUUCCAGUGGAAUGCAUAUGAUCCAUGGACAAUUGUGAGUGUAUCUGAUGAUGGAGAAUGCUUCGGUGGUGGUGGUACUUUGCAGAUGUGGCGUAUGACCGAUCUCUUAUACAGGCCCAAGGACGAAGUUUUAGCCGAGCUUCAAAAGUUCAAAGACCAUGUGGUGGAAUGCUCCAAGACUUCUUGAAUCAAAACCAUGAUUCGAAGAACAUGAUGCUUUUUCUUUUAGCUGUAACUGUUAACUAACGAAACUUUAUAGGAUCAAGUAGGAAUGGAUUCGGGUUUUAUUUCAGUCGAGUUACUUUAUCUGACAUUUUAUUUUCACCCAGCUGCUACUCUCAUGGACUAGACUUAGUUAUUGGUUGCAAUCUUCUCUGUCAAGGAAUUGAAUUUCACAAUCUGGGCCUUCAUAUUNAAAAUCUCUUUCGUGCUGAAAUGUAUAUGGUUUAUGUUAUCCAGCCAAAACCAAACAUUUAUUUACUACAAAGAGUUCUUUGAUUA